AUGGUCGACUCCUGGCUCUCCGACAUCUACCGCAUCCACCGCCUCAUCGUCGGCCUCGACGUCGAGUGGCGACCCAGUUUCAACCACAACAUCGAAAACCCAGUUGCCACUCUCCAACCUUGCGUGGGUCGACGCUGCCUCAUCUUCCAACUCAUCUACGCCACUCACUUCCCCAACUCGCUCAUCGAGUUUCUCAGCGACGAGGAUUUCACUUUUGUUAGAGUCGGGAUUGAGAGUGAUGUGGAGAAACUGUUGGAUGAUUAUGAUUUGAAAGUUGGGAAUGUGGUUGACCUUUGUGGACUCGCUGUGGACUGGUUGGGGAACAGGGAUUUGAAGAACGCUGGGUUGAACGGUUUGGCUCGAGCUGUGCUGGGACUCAAGGUUCUAUGA